AUGAUUAAGAGGAGUGUAUUUUGUUUGCCUCCCAAAAGACAGCUGCAGCAGCAAUCGGCAGACAAGUCCCAGGCCCGUUCAGCAGCAGCUGCAACACGCAUACACACACACACACAGCUCCUGCCGUCUGGACGCAGCAGCAACAGCAGCAGCAGCAGCAGCAACAGCAGCAACAGCAGCAACAGCAGCAACAGCAGCAGCAAGCAGCAGCAGCAACAGCAGCAGCAGCAGCAGCAGCAACAGCAGCAGCAGCAGCAACAGCAGCAACAGCACCAACAGCAGCAACAGCAGCAACAGCAGCAGCAACAGCAGCAGCAGCAGCAACAGCAACAGCAGCAAGAAAAGCUUACAAGCGUAGGUUGA